GUUACUGCCGCUUGCACAUUUCUGUACUACAUCAGUCUGAAGGACACUUUCCUGGACAUUUCAGAGAGAAAAAAAAACCCAAGCCCCUAUGACAGAGAAGAAAUUGGCUCUUUUUUUCAGUGGGAUGAAGUAUGUAAGGCAUUUCAACCCCUCCUUAUUUCUCAGUUUGGUGCAUGUUUGCCUGGUUCAGGCAAAUUAUGCCCCCUAUUUCUUUGAUAAUGGAGCCAGAAGCACGAAUGGGAACAUGGCACUUCUCAGCCUUUCAGAGGACACACCUGUUGGUACCCAUGUGUACACUCUGAAUGGAACUGAUCCAGAAGGGGAUCCCGUGACAUAUGACCUGACCUAUGAAGCUGGAUCAAGACGCUACUUUUCUGUUGACAAUAACCUUGGAAAUGUUACGCUGAUCGAGGAGCUUGACAGAGAGAAGGAAGAUGAGAUUGAAGUUAUUGUCAGUAUUUCAGAUGGCCUGAGUACAGUUUCUGAAAAAGUCAGGAUCCUUGUAAUGGAUGCUAAUGAUGAGAGCCCAGAGUUCAUCAAUACACCUUACAUAGUCGGAGUCCCAGAGAACACUCCCUCCAGCAGCAGUAUCUUUAAGAUUGAGGCAAUAGACAAAGACACGGGUUCUGGAGGAAGUAUCACCUACUUCUUGCAGAACAUCCACGCUAACAAGUUUACUAUAGACCGUCACAGUGGAGUGCUGCGCAUCAAAACAGGGGUCACGCUGGACUAUGAGAAAUCAAGAACGCAUUUUGUUGUCGUCGUAGCCAAGGAUGGUGGUGGGAAGCUCAGGGGAGACAACAAAGUGUUUUCAGCCACAACAACAGUUACAAUCAAUGUGGAAGAUGUUCAGGACACUCCUCCCAUGUUCAUCGGGACUCCCUACUAUGGAUAUGUCUAUGAGGAUACACUCGCAGGCUCUGAGGUCCUUACUGUUGUUGCUCUUGAUGGAGACAGAGGAAAGCCUAACAGUAUUCAUUACUGCAUUGUGAACGGAAGUGAAGGUUCAUUUGAAAUCAGCAACACAACUGGAGCCAUUUCUGUGAUAAAAAGCCCAAAUCAGCUCAAGAAAGAAGUGUAUGAACUAAAAGUUCAGGCAUCAGAAGUUAGUCAGGAACGUGACACCUCCGAGCACACUUUUGCCAUGGUGACUAUACGUGUAGUCGACCUCAACAACCACCCACCAACGUUCUAUGGAGAAAAUGGUCCCCAGAACAGAUUUGAACUGACCAUGUAUGAGCAUCCCCCAGAGGGUGAAAUCUUAAGGGGAUUGAAGAUCACAGUCAAUGAUUCAGAUCAGGGAGCCAAUGCUAAAUUCAACCUCCGCCUUGUUGGACCCGGUGGCAUCUUCCGAGUGGUUCCCCAAACUGUCCUGAAUGAGGCUCAAGUUACAAUAAUAGUGGAAAAUUCUGCUGCUAUUGACUUUGAAAGUUUCAAGGUGUUAACCUUCAAGCUUCUUGCGAUAGAGGUGAACACGCCGGAGAAAUUCAGCUCGACGGCUGACAUAGUGAUUCGCUUGCUGGACACCAACGACAACGUCCCUAAGUUCUCCUCUGACUACUACAUUGCCAGGAUCCCUGAGAACUCUCCAGGGGGCUCAAACGUGGUUGCUGUUACAGCUACAGAUCCAGAUUCAGGGCUUUGGGGAGAAAUCAAGUACUCUAUCUAUGGAACAGGAGCAGAUCUGUUCCUAAUCCACCCAUCAACAGGCAUAAUUUACACCCAGCCCUGGGCUGUGUUAGAUGCUGAAGUGAACUCGAAGUAUAAUUUCUAUGUGAAAGCAGAGGACACAGACGGAAAAUACAGCUUGGCUGAAGUGUUUAUCACUGUGCUAGAUGUCAAUGACCACUCUCCGGAGUUCAAUGAAAACAUCCAGGAAAAGACGAUGAUCAUUGGGUCACCGGUGAAGAUAGAGGCUAUAGAUCAAGAUGCAGAAGAACCCAACAACAUCGUGGAUUAUUCCAUCAUGCAAGCAGACCCAGCCAACGUGUUUGAUAUAGACCAAAGCACUGGGGAAAUCAAGCUGAAAUCCUAUAUUCGUUCCCUGGACAUCAUCCACAACAUCACAAAAAACAAAGACUGCAUAUGGUCAUUGGUGGUACAGGCCAAAGACCGAGGCUCCCCAUCCUUCAGUACCACGGCAGUUCUGAAGAUCGAUAUCACAGAAGAGACUCUUCACAAAGGGCCUAUGGCCGCCUUUUUGAUGCAAACUAAAGAUAACCCCAUGAAAGCCUUAGGAGUGCUAGCUGGUGUCAUGGGCAUAAUGGUGCUGAUAACUAUCAUGAUCUCUACUGCCAUGUUCUGGCGCAACAAGCGGUCCAGCAAAAUCAUGCCGGUAAGAAGGAUCAUAAAAAAGAGACAGAUCCCACCAUCCCGGACAGUCAGGAUGGAGUGGCUGAAGUUCAAGAGGCCCAGCAAUGCUGCGGAGAAGUUUGUCGUUGAGGAUGAUGUCAAGAGCCUACCUGAGAACAAUGAGAACAGCAACAACAACAUCCAAGUUACCCCUGUGCCACCAUCAGCCCCCUUGCCCCCGCCACCCCCUGCCCUGGCUCCCAGGAGUGAUGCCCCAGGGUGGCGGGUGCCAACCGUGUCUGGCUCCCUCACUCCCAAGCAUAUAAUCAAGCCACCAAAGAAGAAAGGUCAUAGCAGCACCCACAAUGCCCUCGUGUCAGAGCUCAAAAUGAGGUUUGAGAAGAGGAAUGCAGCUACUGGGGAGCCCCACAUCUAGGUGCUCUCAGCAGCCCCCAGAGACUGCAGACUGUGGCUGUGCAUGGAUGUAUUUAUGUACUGUGCUCUUCCCCCUGUCUGUCAGCACCCUGUGAACCGAGAGCAGCUCCUCGCUGUGAUAGCCACCCCUCACCCUCCACAAGGACCACAUGCUACAAAGUCACCCCACCACAGAAGUGCUGUGGUCUGUGUCCAGUCACGACUGCAAUUCCUUCAACCCGUGUCCCACUGCUGCUCCCUCCCUGCAGCUGUCUGACCACGGUGCUGAGUACACCAGCCACAGUCUCUCCAAGUGAACAGGGAUGCAA